GAAGGGCUGUCAUUUGCCGCGCGGGUUGCCGUCCUCGGCUGCGCCUGGGUUCGGCCUCCGCCCAGUCCCGCAGCCUCAGGCCCACCAUGGUGCUGGAGUCGGUAGUCGCAGACCUGCUGAACCGCUUCCUGGGGGACUAUGUGGAGAACCUGAACAAGUCCCAACUGAAGCUGGGGAUUUGGGGCGGCAAUGUGGCUUUAGAUAAUCUACAGAUAAAAGAAAAUGCUCUGAGUGAAUUGGAUGUUCCUUUUAAAGUCAAGGCUGGUCAGAUUGAUAAAUUAACUUUGAAGAUUCCUUGGAAGAACCUUUAUGGGGAAGCAGUGGUUGCAACCCUAGAGGGAUUAUACCUGCUUGUUGUCCCUGGAGCAAGUAUUAAAUAUGACGCUGAAAAAGAAGAAAAAUCCUUGCAAGACAUUAAACAGAAAGAGCUAUCCCGAAUUGAAGAAGCCCUUCAAAAAGCAGCAGAGAAAGAUAAGCUGAAAGAAGGCAAAAAAGAUACAUUUUUAGAAAAAUUGGCAACUCAAGUAAUUAAAAAUGUACAAGUAAAAAUCACAGACAUUCACAUUAAAUAUGAAGAUGAUGUCACUGAUCCAAAGCGGCCUCUUUCAUUUGGUCUCACACUGGGAGAGCUUAGUCUAUUGACUGCAAAUGAACACUGGACUCCAUGCAUAUUAAAUGAAGCAGAAAAAAUUAUAUAUAAGCUUAUACGACUUGACAGUCUUAGUGCCUACUGGAAUGUAAACUGCCGCAUGUCUUACCAGGAAUCAAGGGAACAGAUCUUGGAGCAGCUGAAAAGUGAAAUUGUUACAAGUAACAAUAUAUCCCCACAGCAUCAAUAUAUUUUUCAGCCAAUAUCAGCCUCUGCAAAACUGUAUAUGAAUCCUUAUGCAGAAACAGAGUUCAAAACUCCCAAACUUGACUGGAACAUGGAAGUACAAAAUAUUGCUAUUGAACUGACAAAACCUCAGUACCUAAGUAUGAUUGACCUUUUGGAGUCAGUGGAUUAUAUGGUUAGAAAUGCCCCCUACAGGAAAUACAAGCCUUAUUUACCACUUCACUCCAAUGGUCGACAGUGGUGGAAAUAUGCAAUUGAUUCUGUUCUUGAAGUUCACAUAAGAAGGUACACACAGAUGUGGUCAUGGAGUAACAUAAAAAAACACAGGCAAUUACUUAAGAGUUAUAAAAGUGCCUACAAAAACAAGCUAACCCAGACUAAAGUCCCAGAAGAAAUACAGAAACAAAUUCAGGAUUUGGAGAAGACUUUGGAUGUUUUUAACAUAAUUUUAGCAAGGCAACAAGCCCAAGUAGAGGUUAUUCGGUCUGGGCAAAAAUUAAGGAAAAAGUCUACUGACACAGGCGAGAAACGAGGCUGGUUUAGCGGGUUUUGGGGUAAGAAGGAAUCUAAGAAAAAAGAUGAAGAAUCUUUGAUUCCUGAAACUAUUGAUGAUUUUAUGACUCCAGAGGAAAAAGAUAAGCUCUUCACUGCUAUUGGUUAUAGUGAAAGCACCUACAACUUAACUUUACCCAAGCAGUAUGUGGCCCAUAUAAUUACGCUGAAGUUAGUAAGCACCUCUGUUAUGAUAAGAGAAAAGAAAAAUAUUCCAGAAAUACUAAAAAUUCAGAUAAUUGGCCUGGGCACUCAAAUAUCUCAGCGACCAGGAGCACAAGCACUUAAGGUGGAAGCAAAAUUAGAACACUGGUAUAUAACAGGUCUGAGACAACAGGACAUUGUACCAUCACUUGUGGCUUCAAUUGGCGAUACUACAUCAUCUUUGCUUGAAAUUGAAUUUGAAACGAAUCCAGAGAAUAGUACUGCUGACCAGGCUCUGGUUGUGCAGUCCCAGCCUGUGGAGGUCAUCUAUGAUGCUAAAACCAUCAUUGCAGUGGUUGAAUUCUUUCAAUCAAAUAAGGGAUUAGAUCUUGAGCAAAUAACAUCAGCUACAUUGAUGAAACUGGAAGAAAUUAAAGAGAGAACAGCUACAGGACUUACACAUAUUAUUGAAACUCGAAAAGUUCUUGAUUUAAGGAUAAAUCUGAAGCCUUCUUACCUAAUAGUUCCACAGACAGGUUUUCAUCAUAAAAAGUCAGAUCUUCUCAUUUUAGAUUUUGGUACUUUUCAGCUUAACAGUAAAGAUCAAGGUUUGCAGAAGACUACGAAUUCAUCUCUGGAAGAAAUAAUGGAUAAGGCAUAUGACAAGUUUGAUGUUGAAAUAAAAAAUGUACAGUUACUCUUUGCAAGGGCAGCGGAAAACUGGAAAAAGCAUCGAUUUCAGCAUCCAUCAACUAUGCAUAUAUUACAACCCAUGGAUAUUCAUGUUGAGUUGGCCAAGGCAAUGAUAGAAAAAGAUGUUAGAAUGGCCAGAUUUAAAGUAUCAGGAGGGCUUCCUUUGAUGCAUGUGAGAAUUUCUGACCAGAAGAUGAAAGAUAUGCUAUGUUUAAUUAACAGUAUACCCCUACCACAGAAAUCAUCUGAACUGUUUCCAGAGAGACAGGUAGCCUCAAUUCCUGUUAUUUCACAUAGGACCAAAGUCCUACUUGGUACAUCACUAUUGCUAAAUGGAGUGGAAUCAGAGUCUGAUGAUGAGUAUUUUGAUGCUGAAGAUGGAGGCACACAGACUGGUAAAACUAUGAGAGGAUCAGAACUAAAAAAAGUUGCAGAGGUCCCAAAUGAGGAACUCAUUAAUCUCUUAGUAAAGUUUGAAAUUAAAGAGGUGAUCUUGGAAUUUACAAAACAACAUAAAGAAGAAGAUACAAUUUUAGUUUUUAAUGUUACUCAGUUAGGAACAGAGGCUACAGUGAAAACAUUUGAAUUAACCGCAGUAUCUUAUUUAAAGAAAAUCAGCUUGGAUUACCAUGAAAUUCAAGGAUCCAAAAAGAAGCCCCUUCAUUUAAUUAGCUCUUCUGACAAACCUGGAUUAGAUCUCUUGAAAGUAGAGUAUAUUAAGGCUGAUAAGAAUGGACCUAGUUUUCAAACUACAUUUGAAAAAACUGAACAGACAGUUAAGGUGGCUUUUUCAUCUUUAAAUCUACUGCUGCAAACACAAGCUCUUCUCUCUUCUAUUAAUUACCUGACAGCUAUCGUUCCAUCAGAUGGUCAAAACACGGGUAAUACCAAAGAAGUACAAAUUUCAACUGAAAAGCAACAAAAAAAUUCAGCUCUGCAGAAAGUGAUCAUAUCUUCUAAAAAUAGUGACAUUAUUGACUUCAGACUGUUUGCCAAGUUGAAUGCUUUCUGUGUCAUUGUUUGCGAUGAAAAGAACAAUAUUGCUGAAAUCAAGAUUCAAGGCCUUGAUUCUUCUCUUUCUCUUCAGUCAAGAAAACAGUCACUAUUUGCCAGACUGGAAGAUAUUGUUGUCACAGAUGUUGAUCCUAAGACAGUUCAUAAAAAAGCUGUGUCAAUAAUGGGAAAUGAAGUUUUUCGCUUUAACUUGGAUUUGUAUCCAGAUGCUACUGAGGGGGAUUCCUAUACUGACAUGUCCAAAGUGGAUGGUGUGGUAUCACUGAACGUUGGCUGUAUUCAGAUUGUCUAUCUUCAUAAAUUCCUUAUGUCACUUCUGAACUUUCUGAACAAUUUCCAGACAGCCAAAGAGGCUCUGAGUGCUGCCACUGCCCAGGCUGCAGAAAAGGCUGCCACAAGUGUGAAAGAUCUUGCCCAGAGGAGUUUUCGCGCUUCUAUCAAUGUUCAUUUGAAAGCACCGGUUAUAGUUAUCCCGCAGUCUUCCAUUUCUACCAAUGCAGUGGUGGUAGAUCUUGGGUUAAUCAGGAUUCAGAAUCAGUUCAGUCUGGUGGCUGGUGAAGACUACUUACACCCUCCAGUAAUUGAUAGAAUGGAUGUGCAGCUAACAAAGCUUAAGCUUUCUAGGACAGUGAUCCAGCCAGGCAUCUCCCAUCCUGAUAUUCAGCUGUUGUACCCAGUUAAUCUGGAGCUUUCUGUAAAUCGGAAUCUAGCUGCAUCUUGGUAUCACAGGGUACCUGUUUUGGAAAUUAAAGGACAUCUUGAGUCAAUGAAUGUUAGUCUAAAUCAAGAAGAUCUUAAUCUUUUAUUUAGAAUACUAGCAGAAAAUAUUGGUGAGACUACUGAAGACUUGAAUAAAGUGAAACCAAGAAUACAAAGGACAGAUGAAGUUAAAGAACCCCUUGAAAUAUCUAUAUCACAACAAGAUGUACCUGGCUCACAAGGUACUUUAACAGCUGGAGGGGAAGAAAUUACAUCUGUAGACAUCAUUAACAUGCUACUGAAUUUUGAAAUCAAAGAGGUUGUGAUUACUUUGAUGAAAAAAGCAGAAAAGAAAGGAAGGCCUUUACAUGAACUAAAUGUCCUGAAGGUUGGAAUGGAAGCUAGAGUGAAAACCUAUGACCUGACUGCUAAAGCUUAUCUAAAAAAAAUUAGUAUGCGAUGCUUUGAGUUCACUGACUCUAAAGGAGAACCUCUUCACAUUAUUAACUCCUCUAAUAUAACUGAUGAACCCCUUCUGAAAAUGUUAUUGACAAAGGCAGACAGUGAUGGACCAGAAUUUAGAACAAUUCACGAAAAUACCAAACAGAGACUGAAGGUUUCAUUUUCAUCCUUAGACUUAGUACUUCAUUUGGAAGCUUUACUGUGCUUCAUGGAUUUUUUAUCAUCUGCCAUCCCAUCCUCUGAACCUUCCUCUUCUGAAAAGGAAUCUGAGCUGAAACCACUUGUGGGGGAGUCCAGAAGUAUCAUUAUCAAAGCUGUAUCCAGCAAUACUUCUGAAGAUGACAUGUUUGAUUUAAAAGUCACAGCUGAAUUAAAUGCACUUAAUGUCUUUGUCUGUGAUCAGAAGUGUAAUACUGCAGAUAUUAGAAUACUCGGAAUGGAUGCCUCUGUUUCUGUGAAGCCAAAGCAGACUGACAUGUUUGCAAGACUUAAGGAUAUCAUAGUCACGAAUGUUGAUUUGCUGUCCAUUCACAAAAAGGCUGUCUCUAUUUUGGGAGAUGAAGUCUUUAGAUUCCAAAUGACUCUGUAUCCAGAUGCUACAGAGGGAAAGGCCUAUGCUGAUAUGUCUAAAGUAGAUGGCAAAAUUAGUCUCAAAGUGGGUUGUAUUCAAAUUGUUUAUGUUCAUAAGUUCUUCAUGUCUGUUUUGAACUUUCUCAACAAUUUCCAAACUGCCAAGGAAGCUCUGAGCACAGCCACAGUCCAGGCUGCAGGAAGAGCUGCUUCCAGCAUGAAAGACUUGGCUCAGAAGAGUUUCCGCCUUUUGAUGGAUAUCGACUUGAAAGCACCAGUUAUUAUCAUUCCUCAGUCUUCAGUAUCACCCAAUGCUGUUAUAGCAGAUCUGGGUUUAAUCAGAGUUGAAAACAAAUUUAGCUUAGUUCCUAUGGAACAUUAUUCUCUUCCUCCAGUUGUUGACAAAAUGAACAUCCAACUUACUCAGUUGAAGCUGUCCAGAACUGUUUUGCAGACGGGCUUGCCACAACAUGACAUUGAAAUUUUAAAACCAGUCAACAUGCUUUUGUCCAUACAGCGAAAUUUAGCAGCAACAUGGUACAAGCAAAUUCCAGGGAUGGAGAUAAAAGGAAAACUAAAACCUAUGCAGGUUGCUCUCAGUGAAGACGACUUAACAGUUUUAAUGAAAAUUCUGUUGGAAAAUCUUGGAGAAGCUUCUUCACAGCCAAACCCAACACAAUCUACCCAGGAGGCUGUAAGAGUAAGAAAAGAUGUUCUGAGUAGGCCUGACCACCUUAAAGAACAAGAAGAUUUAACUGACUCAAAGCUUUCUGUGGAUCAGAAUGUCACUCUCCAAUUUGACUUCCACUUUGACUCUCUUUCAGUUGUCCUUUAUCACAAUGAUACCAAGCAGGAAUCCAAACUUUCAUUUCAUAAUGACAGUUUCCGGCUUGGUGAACUGAGACUACAUCUUAUGGCCUCUGCAGGAAAGAUGUUUAAGGAUGGAUCAAUGGAUGUCAACCUUCAGCUUAAGACAUGUACCCUUGAUGAUCUCAGAGAAGGCAUUGAGAGAGCAACAUCAAGAAUGAUUGAUAAGAAGAAUAACCAAGAUAGCAACAGUUCUAUGAUUGAUAUAAGUUACAAACAAGGCAAAGAUGGAACUCAUAUUGAUGCUCUUCUUGACAAGCUAUAUGUAUGUGCCAGUGUGGAGUUUCUGAUGACUGUGGCAGAUUUCUUCAUCAAAGCUGUGUCUCAGAGUCCUGACAAUAUGGCAAAAGAAGCACAGCUUCCGCUACGACAGACUGCUACAGCGAAAGUCAGGAUCGAGAAAGAUGAUUCUGUAAAACCAAAUAUGACUUUAAAGGCCAAGAUUACAGAUCCAGAAGUAGUAUUUGUUGCAAACCUGACGAAGGCUGAUGCUCCUGCUCUGACAGCCUCAUUCCAGUGCAAUCUCUCUCUGUCAUCAUCCAAACUCCAACAGAUGAUGAAAGCUUCUGUGAGAGAUCUUAAACUGCUUGCUUGCCCUUUUCUCAGAGAAAAGAGAGGAAAAAACAUUACUACAGUCUUACAACCCUGUUCUUUGUUUAUGGAAAAAUGUACAUGGGCUUCAGGAAAACAAAAUAUAAGUAUCAAAGUUAGAGAAUUUAUAAUUAAGAUUUCACCCAUAAUUCUUAAUACUGUGAUGACAAUCAUGGCUGCUAUGUCUCCAAAGACAAAAGAAGAUGAAUGCAAAGAUGUAUCUAAGGAAACAGAAAAUCUUUGGGGUGUCAAAUCUAUUAGUGAUUAUAACUCUUGGUUUCUUGGUGUUGACAUGGCAACAGAAAUAACAGAAAAUUUUACAGACACUGAACAUCCUCUGAUAGAGGAAAAUUGUACUCUUGUUGUUGAGUCAAUUCAAGUUACCUUAGAAUGCGGCCUUGGGCAUCGGACUGUACCUUUAUUAUUGGCAGAGUCUAAGUUUUCAGGAAAUAUUAAAAACUGGACUUCCCUAAUGGCUGCUGAUGCUGACAUGACACUAGAGGUUCACUACUAUAAUGAAGUCCAUGCUGUUUGGGAACCACUGAUUGAGAGAGUGAAGGAGAACAGUCAGUGGAAUUUAAGACUUCAUGUAAAGAAGAAUCCAGUCCAGGACAAAAGUUUGAUGCCAGGAGAUGAUUUUGUUUUUUUUCUUAAGCCACAAACAGCAAUUCAUAUUUCUUCAGGAGAUACAAUGAAUAUAACAAUAUCCAAAAGUUGUCUUAAUGUUUUCAACAAUUUAGCCAAAGGUUUUUCAGAGGGCACUGCUUCUACUUUUGACUACUCUUUAAAUAGGGCUCCUUUCACAGUAAAAAAUGCUGUAGGUAUUCCCAUUAAGGUGCAGCCCAAUCAUAAUCUCAGAGUAAUGGGCCCCCCUGAGAAAAGUGGUGUUAUUGAUGUUGAUGCUGGUCAGAGUUUGGAAUUGGAAUAUGCCAGUAUGGAAACUUCACAUCCUGGGAAACUGUCUACAUUGAGCCGCCAAGAAAGCUCCCUCUUCACCCUGACCUUUGUACCUCAUGGAUAUACAGAAGUUGCAAAAAUCCCUAUUGCCAGACCUGGACGGCAAUUGUAUAAUGUACGGAAUCCCAAUGCCAGCUGUUCUGACUCAGUCGUGGUACAAAUAGAUGCAACUGAAGGGAAUAAAGUGAUUACCCUUCGCUCUCCUCUGCAGAUUAAAAAUCAUUUCUCUAUUGCAUUCAUCAUCUAUAAAUCUGUUAAAAAUGUUAAGCUACUGGAGCGCAUUGGAGUAGCCAGACCUGAAGAGGAGUUCCAUGUUCCUUUAGAUUCAUAUAGAAGCCAAUUAUUUAUUCAGCCAGCUGGUAUCUUAGAGGAUCAAUACAAAGAAUCCACCACUUACAUUUCCUGGAAGGAGGAACUUCACAGGUGCAGGGAAGUUAGAUGUGUGCUGCAGUGUCCAUCAGUCGAAGUCAACUUCUUACCUCUCAUAGUCACUACAAUUGCUCUGCCUGAUGAAUUAAGCUAUAUAUGUACACAUGGUGAAGACUGGGAUCCAGCUUACAUUAUUCAUCUGUAUCCUACCCUCACUUUGCGGAAUCUUCUUCCAUAUUCCCUAAGGUAUUUACUUGAGGGAACAGCAGAAACGCAUGAACUAGCAGAAGGCAGUACUGCUGAUGUUCUACAUUCAAGGAUCAGUGGAGAAAUAAUGGAAUUAGUCCUGGUGAAAUACCAAGGCAAAAAUUGGAAUGGACAUUUCCGUAUAUGUGACACACUUCCCGAAUUCUUUAUCGUGUGUUUUUCUUCUGACUCUACGGAAGUGAUGACAGUCAAUCUGUCAAUACAUGUCAAGCGAAUUGGCAGCAGGCUGGUGUUAUCUGUCUUUAGUCCCUAUUGGCUAAUCAACAAGACUUCUCGGGUUCUCCAGUAUCGUUCAGAAGAUAUUCAUGUGAAGCAUCCAGCUGAUUUCAGGGAUAUUAUUUUGUUCUCUUUCAAGAAGAAGAACAUUUUUAGUAAAAAUAAGGUACAAUUAAAAAUUUCAACCAGUGCCUGGUCUAGUAGUUUUUCAUUGGAUACAGUGGGAAGUUACGGGUGUGUGAAGUGUCCUGCCAACAAUACGGAAUACCUGGUUGGUGUUAGCAUCAAAAUGAGCAGUUUUAAUCUUACACGAAUAGUUACACUGACUCCCUUUUGUACUAUUGCAAACAAGUCAUCAUUAGAAUUAGAAGUUGGUGAAAUUGCAUCUGAUGGGUCAAUGCCAACUAAUAAGUGGAACUACAUUGCUUCUUCAGAGUGCCUUCCGUUUUGGCCUGAAAAUUUGUCAGGCAAACUUUGUGUGAGAGUGGUGGGCUGUGAAGGAACAUCCAAACCAUUUUUUUAUAACCAACAGGAUAAUGGCACUUUAUUGAGCUUAGAAGACCUGAAUGGGGCUAUCUUGGUGGAUGUAAACACUGCUGAACAUUCAAUUGUCAUAACCUUUUCUGAUUACCACGAGGGAUCUGCACCUGCCCUAAUAAUAAACCACACACCAUGGGACAUCCUCACAUAUAAGCAGAGUGGGUCACAGGAAGAACUGGCAUUGCUGCCAAGACAAGCUCGACUUUUUGCCUGGGCUGAUCCUACUGGUACCAGAAAACUGACAUGGAGUUACGCAGCAAAUAUUGGGGAGCACUAUCUGUUAAAGAAUGAAUGUGGACAGUUCCCAUAUGAUGCGAACAUCCAGAUACACUGGGUAUCAUUCCUAGAUGGGCGCCAGAGAGUUCUGCUUUUCACUGAUGAUGUUGCCUUGGUUUCCAAAGCACAGCAAGCAGAAGAAAUGGAGCAGGCCAAUCAUGAAAUAAUCUUUUCUCUCCAUAGUCUCGGGCUUUCACUGGUUAACAAUGAAAGCAAGCAGGAAGUUUCAUAUAUUGGGAUAACCAGCUCUGGUGUUGUUUGGGAGAUGAAACCAGAACAGAAAUGGAAACUUUUUAGUCAAAAGCAGAUAAUCUUAUUGGAACAGUCCUAUAAGAAACACCAAGUAAAAAAAGACCAUGCCUGGAUUAAACUAGACAAUAACUUUGAGGUCAACUUUAGUCAAGUUCCAAUGGAAAUGCGCCUCCCUAUUCAGUGCCCUAUACAGCGACGUUGUUUAUCAGGAAUUCAGAUUUCAUUUAAGCAGUCUCCUCACCAGAGAAGUUUGAGAGCCAUGUUGUAUUGGCUUCAGGUUGAUAGUCAGUUACCAGGUACAGUGUUCCCAGUUGUAUUUCAUCCUGUAGCCCCUCCAAAAUCUAUUGCUUUUGAUUCAGAACCCAAACCUUUCAUUGAUGUGAGUAUCAUCACAAGAUUUAAUGAGUACAGUAAAGUCUUACAGUUCAAGUAUUUUAUGGUCCUUAUUCAGGAAAUGGCCUUAAAAGUUGAUCAGGGAUUUCUAGGAGCUAUUACUGCACUGUUUACCCCAACAACUGACCCUGAAGCUGAAAGAAAACGGACAAAGAUAAUCCAACAGGAUAUUGAUGCUCUGAACACAGAAUUAAUAGAGACUUCAAUGACUGAUACAUCAAUUCUUAGUUUCUUUGAACAUUUCCAUAUUUCUCCUGUUAAGUUGCAUUUGAGUUUGUCUUUGAGUUCUGGAGGUGAAUCAGACAAAGAAAAACAGGAAAUGAUUGCAAUUCAUUCUGUCAAUCUGCUAUUGAAAAGCAUAGGAGCUACUCUGACUGAUGUGGAUGACCUUAUAUUCAAACUUGCUUAUUAUGAAAUUCGAUAUCAGUUUUACAAGAGAGAUCAGCUCAUGUGGAGUGUUGUUAGACAUUACAGUGAACAGUUCUUGAAACAGAUGUAUGUCCUUGUAUUAGGCUUAGAUGUGCUUGGAAACCCAUUUGGAUUAAUUAGAGGUCUGUCUGAAGGAGUUGAAGCUUUAUUCUAUGAACCCUUCCAGGGUGCUGUUCAAGGCCCGGAAGAAUUUGCUGAGGGGUUAGUGAUUGGAGUAAGAAGUCUCUUUGGACACACAGUAGGUGGUGCAGCAGGAGUUGUAUCUCGAAUCACUGGUUCUGUUGGAAAAGGUUUGGCAGCAAUUACAAUGGAUAAGGAAUAUCAGCAAAAAAGAAGAGAAGAGAUGGGUCGACAGCCUAAAGAUUUCGGAGACAGUCUGGCCAAAGGAGGAAAGGGCCUCCUGCGUGGAGUUGUUGGUGGAGUGACUGGGAUAAUAACAAAGCCGGUAGAAGGUGCCAAAAAGGAAGGAGCUGCUGGAUUCUUUAAAGGAAUUGGAAAAGGGCUUGUGGGUGUUGUGACUCGUCCAACCGGAGGAAUCAUAGAUAUGGCCAGUAGCACCUUCCAGGGAAUUCAGAGGGCAGCAGAAUCAAUCGAGGAAGUGUCCACCCUCCGUCCACCUCGCCUGAUCCAUGAAGAUGGUAUCAUUCGCCCGUAUGACAGACAGGAAUCCGAAGGCUAUGAUUUAUUUCAGAAUCGUAUCAAAAAAUUAGAAGGAGAGACAUACCAAUACCACUGUGCUAUUUUUGGAGGCAAGAAGGCAGUUCUUAUGGUUACAGACAGGCGAGUGUUAUGUAUAAAGGAAGUUGAAAUCCUAGAUCAUAUGUCCAUAGACUGGCAGUGUCUAUUUGAAGAUUUUGUAUCUCCUCCUAGUGUCAGUGAAAAUCUGCUAAAAAUUUUGGUUAAGGAGCAAGGUCUGUUCCACAAAAAAGACAGUGCCAAUCAAGCCUAUCUUAAGAAAAUUUACCUACAGGAUACCAACACAGCAGAAAGAGCAUUUAAUGCCAUUGGGGAUGCACAGUCAAUGAGACACCAGCAAAAAUUGAUGAAGCAAUCAUCCCUGAAACUUCUCAGGCCUUAAAUACCAUCUUAGUCUCAUAUUCCAGGAGGCUGCUACACUAGCAGAAAAACCAGUCAUGUGGUUUGUGUAUAAAUCACUCUUCUUUAUCCUGCUUAGGAGAAUUUUUAAUACCUUAGUUUUAGAAGUUUUUUCUAGAAUAGCUAAUAUUGGGUUUUCCUUUUUUUUUUUCCCCUUUUAGUUUUGACUCUUAAUUCUGUAACCAGGUAUGUGUUAGCAAUCCACUUUCAUAUUACCACCUGAAAGGGUCAGACCUCAAAGAAAUAUCACUUUAUUCAGAGUGAAAUUUCCAUUAAUGUUAAAAUUGUGAAGUAAAGGGCAGUAUGUUUGUUUUUUAAUUAAAGUUGUGCUGAAGAACAAAAAAGGACCCUAGAAUGACAAGGGUUCUUUGAGAGGUUUUGGACAAAUGUUUAAGGGUAAUUUGUUCAGUAAUUGAACAGAGAUAGCAAUUUUGGUAAACCAGGUAAUUGAACAAAAGCCACUAACAGGAGAAAUGACAUUUCCUAUUUUAUUUUCAUGAAAACAUUAUUUUUCUCUUAAUACUUGACUUUGGUACUUAUUUUUCCUCUUUGCACUAUAAUAUAGACAUGGAAAAUCAACCUUAAAAUAUCUCUACUCUGUUCUCUGUAAUGUAACAUGCACAAAGUUUUGGAAAUUACUUAUGUGCUUUUUUGAGAUGAACAUACAUGGCACAACUAUUAAUAUACUGAUACAUGAAAAUAUUGUACUUUAAGUUUUUCAAGACUCAGAAAUGUGGAAAUGUCAAUAUUUUUAUAUUUCCAGAAAUUGUUUUUUAUAACUUGAAAGAUUUUUAAGGGCAUCAUAAAUUAGCACUUAAUGUAUACUUAGAAAUAUAUUUUAGAUACUUAUUGGGAAGGUUGAAAAAUCCCUAAUUGCUUUAUAUAUAAGUAAGAUAAGGCACAUAUCACACCACUGUAGGAAGUGUCCUUGAGGGAGCGAGCCUGUGAGAAUUAGUUCAGUACGAUACUAGUUUUGUCCUUCCUGCAUCUCGCUUAUGCUGACCAGAGGUGGACUGCCAAUCAAACCUUUCAAAAAACUGCUCAAAAGAAAGUACUUAAUUUCCUUGGGUGAAGCUCUCAAUCUGCUUGUGUUCUUCAGCAUGGCAUUUAUUUCAAAUCACUGAGUUGAUGAUGAAAUGUCGAUGUGGAUAUGCUUGGUUUGCUCUGUUUUUGUUGAUGUGUACUCAUGUUUCUAUCUUUACUCAUGUGUUUUAAGACUGGCCUUAAAUUAAAAAAAAAUUUCCCUAGUUAUUAUCAAAAAAGAGGAUUUAGUAACUUAUGUCCUAAAUAGUUGAUCUGUGAUACAGGAUACUGGUCUUUGCCUUUUCAAAAUCAUUUUUUUUUUGGAAGAAAAGUAUCAUAUAUAAAACUUGUUCCUUUAAAUAGAAUUUCUGUUUACCAGUUUUCUAAUACCAGUUAUCCACAGUUAAUUGCAGUUUAAUAAAAACAGAAUUAUAAACGGAAUUUCAUAGCAAAUGUGCUAGUAUUUGUGUCUUUAAAGCUGACUUAAUCAGAAGUUGGAUGUAUGUGAUUGUAUUUUUCAUAUGAAUCACAGCUAUUGUCCUAAAUAUUUAAGAAAUUGUAUCAUUCUGAUAGCAUGCACAAAGCAUUGAACUAAGAAAAAUUUAUAGAAACCUAUACAUGCAUCAUCUCACUUGGCUUACAAAUAAACUUUCAAAUAUUUGUAACAUUUUGUUUGAAUCCCCUGGAACAGAAAUAAUUAAUUGGUAAAGUGUAAUGAUGUCUUUUGCUUUUUAAAAAAUGCCUUGAGAAUCAAUUACUUGCAUUUGAGCUACUGAAAGAAAGACAUCAUUUGGUGCAUUAUUUAUAGGUUUGAAAAUUGUGUAGGUUUGCGAUAAAUAUUCAAGUAACAUUUGCCUUUACUUCUUUUGUCUUUCUCUUUUCCUCUUCCAAUCCUAUAAUAAUGAGAAGUUAGAUUAUCAGUUAUGGAAGGCUUUAAAAGAUUCUAGUCGGGAAAGGUUUUUCCUAGGGAUGCUGACCCCUUCACCACGCUGGUGAUCUGUGGCACAGAUCUCUACUAGGGGGGUAAUACAGAGAAGCCACUUGACGAAGGACCCAGCUGUCACGCUUUGAAAUCUUGGCUGCAUUUGUACUGGGGCCUUGCCUUCCGUGGUUUCGCUCAGUCACUGGCUGGGUGUGGCAGGGAUUCUUGGGCAGGCCCCUUCCUGGAGGACACAGGAGUUCUCUGACCCCCACCUUCAUCCUGAAGACUCUUCAGUGACCUUGCAGAACCUUUCUGGGAGGCUUCUACCCAGUCUGGCUCUCUGGCUCUCUUCCUUUCCCUUACUGGGAGAUCAGACUCUAAGUCUGAAGACUCUUGACUACUAAUUAUCCAGUAGGAGGAACAGAUGCACACUGAGGACUGUAGCAAAGCAGAGACAUCAGAAUCAAAAAAAUAAAAUAUUGGGAAAUAUUUCCUAUUUUAUUGGGAAAUAAGAAAAAGUUGAUCCAGGUUGGAUUUCCUUCCAGGGUCAUGAUUUAGUAUUGCUUUUGUUUUUUAGUUAAGAAGUAGGGAGGAUACUAUCACCUUCUUGGUGCUUUGGGCCUGUUAAGUGUUACCGGUCUGGUUCUGCCUGCAUCUAUAUUUUUAACAGUGUUCCAUGUGUGCUUCUAAGGUAUAGCCAGGUAUCAUGCCAGUGGGUUUCAGCCCCGGACAAGUUUACUGUGGAUUCAGUGGGACCAAAAAAAAUGACAAUGGAAUGUUCUUGGGGUAAAAGGGUUUAUACCCAACUUUAUUCCCACGGUGGCAAGUCCAGUCCACUCAGAGCGAGUCUGCAUGCAGCAAGCUGGUCUCUGCCUCUCCGCCUCUUGUCCCCCGCAGCCAUCUCAGUCUCUGUCCUCGGCACUGCCCCAGUUCCAGUCUCUGCUCCCCUGCAGCUGUGCAGCCCAGUGCACUGGGCCGAGCUCUUUCUGUAGAGUCAGUAACAACAUAUUGCCUGCUCGUGGGUAGUGAGCAAGCCGACCAGCGCCAGGUGAGAAUCCUGGCCAUAGGAACCUUCACUUUCUUCACACAAGGACUAAAAAUUAACACUCUGGACUUAAAAUACUCAAACUCUUGAAGAGCUCUACAAAUAUCAACGCCUGUUGAAACACAGACUGGCAGUUACUGCCAGAGCUAGAAGAACCAUCUUUCUAUUGGGGGGGAAAAAAAGAAAGAUUCUUGAAGGAUAGGAAGUUACUUAUAUCUGAAUCAUCUGUCCUUAGGGACAAGCCUUUUUGGUUGAGAGUCACUGCCAGAAUGCCCGCUAAUACUGACGGACAUGGGCUGUAUGCCAUGUCCGUGUUGGCUCUGGAAAGAAACUGAAACUCAGUGGAGCAGAGGGAGCACAUUUUGCUAGGUAAUUGUGCCUAUAGUGGAAGAAUUUAGGCUUAUUCUUGAAUUCAUGCUUGAAAGUAUCUUCAGUUACAAGGCUGUAUCAUUAAAAUACUCAACAUUGUGGCUCUCUUUUAGCUGCAAAAGCAUUCAGAAAGGCUUUUUGUUUGUUUUGUUUUUACAUACUACAGACCCACAGUCCCUUAGUAAAAUUCAGAAAGCUCUGAAGACCAAAAAGUUUUUAAGUUUGAAACAAAGACAUUUGAUGGCACACACUGAACUAACAUGAGGCUUUUUGUCAUUCUUACUCUAUGUGGUGUAAAUGAGUUGCACUGUAGUAAAAUUAACAUGUUUUACUAUGGGAUGCUGUUCCACACUGCACUCGAAGUGUACAAGCUGUGUGGUAUGUGAAGCAUUUUGUCUUUCUAAAAUUUGAAAAGUUCUUGAUUCUGAGACAUCUUGUCCCAAGGGUUUCAAGUAAGAGAUUGUUGAUCUGUGUACCCUCAAAAUUAUCUGUCUAUUAAAUUUAUGGCCAGUG